ACCGGGGUGACAAGACCGAGCACAGGAGCCACCGACCAGGAACUACCUGAAUAACAGAAAGCAGCACUUUUUCCAUCCUUCCACCACUGGAUACACAUCUCACCCUGGGGUUGGAUUAACUUUAACAAAAAACAACAAAAACAACAAAAAAAACACUCUUUUUUUUAAGUUUUUUCUUUUUUCUUUUUGGAAGACAUCAGAUAGAAAGAAGACAAUGGGAUCCCAGGCAUCCAAAGGAGAUGUGGCCGCGGAGGCGAACGCUGCUUCUGCCGACGCUGCAGCCGUCAAAACCAACGGACAGGAGAAUGGACAUGUGAAGACCAACGGUGAUGUCUCCACAAAGCCUGAUGGGGACGCUGCCGCCACCAACGGUUCAGCCGAGGCGGCCAAGGACCCUGAAGCCAGCGCCGGAGGAGACGCCAUCGAGCCGGCGCCCGCUGCAGAUGGAGAGGCAGCCAAACCCGAGGGCGAGGCUGCGGCCAAGGAGACCCCCAAGAAGAAGAAGAAGAAGUUCUCCCUGAAGAAGUCCUUCAACUUCAAGCUGAAUCUGAAGAAGACCAAGAAGAGCGAGGCUGUCAAGGAGGAAGCGGAUGCUGCUGCUGCUGCCCCCGCCGCCGCCGCCGCCGCCGCCUCCGCCUCUGCCUCCGCCGCCGCCUCCCCCACCGAGGAGAAGCCCGCCGAGAACGGGGCCGCUGCUCCGGCAGAGGAGAAGAAGGAGGAGGUGAAGGAGGUGAAGGAGGAGGCUGCCGCUGCGGCCGAGGCCCCAAAGGCGGAGGAGGCUCCGGCUAAAGAGGAGGCCCCAAAGGAGGAGGUCAAGGAGGCAGCUGCCCCGACCCCUGAGGCCACAAAACCAACAGAGGAGAGCAGCUCGACUCCCGCUCCCUCUGAAAAGAAGGAGUGAUUGUACCUUACGCUCACAAUGAACUGGGUGAACUGUUUUUCAAGAGAGAGAGAGAGAAUUUAAGAGUAUAUAUAUAUAUAUAUUUAUAUAUAUAUGUGUAUAUGUAUACAUAUGUAUAUGGAUAUAUGUAUAUGUAAAUAUAUACACAUGUAUGUGAGAGACUCCUUCGACGUGCCACUUUUUCGUCAUGAUAACAAGACGACAGACUAGAUUCACUAGAUCACUUCCCUGGUUACUGCUCGACAUCUGGACCUGGACUGGGUUUUUAGGCUGUGGGUUGGUCGCUGUGUGGAAAUUGGAUUUUAAUGGCUAGAACGCGAGCUGAUGACACCAUGAAGCAUAGAUGGAUGAAGGAUGGAUGGAUAGAUGGAGAAGGAUGGAGUCAAAGCAUCUUUUCCCAUAAAAAUCUGCAAAUCAAGAUGCCUCCUUGCCGAAGGAACGAAACUAGAUACUAGGACACCACCACCACUUGAAAUGACUGUUGAUAGAGCAAAAAAAAAAAAGAAAAAAAAAAGAAAUCAGAAAAUUAAAGAGACUUGCCAACUUUUUACAUUCCUAUAUUUUAACCCAAAUUUGAAGUAUUUUGUGGUGUAUUAUAGAGAACCAUCUUAAAGAUUCAGAGAAGCUAUUACUUGUUUGUUUAAAGAAAAAAAAAAAAAUAGACAACUUUGAUUUUUACCUUACUAUGAAAAAAAAAGAACACUUAAGCUUGCUAUGUUCACUGUCGCGGUUUGAUAUGAAGCAGAGUUGUUUAUCUGUCGUAUGUGAGCCUGAAUCUGCUUUGUCUCUGUAAAUACAUUGGAUUGAUUUCUGUUCUUUAUUUUGCUAAUGUUGACAGAUGUUACUGGUUUUAUUGUAAAGUUGAUAAUGGUAAAUAAAUGUUGGUUACCUGCC